AAGUGCCCGUUGCUCUCCAAUCACAACACGCCACCAAAUCCUGAAAUAGGCGUGUUUGUCAAGUCUACUUGCGGCAACAAGGAUAGUUUAGGAUUCAAAGGCUUAUCGGGUAGAUAUUAAUUAAUAUAUCUUGCGUCAUACACUGAAAGGAUCAUUCAGAAUGAAGGUGGGAUAUCUGUACCAGCUGGUAGCUCUAGCCUGUCUAUGGCUUGCUGUGGCAGCAGACGGAAAGACGGAGAAGAAGGAAGGCAAGAAAUUACAGAUCGGAGUGAAAAAGCGGGUCGAUCCAGACAAGUGUACAAUUAAGUCCAGGAAAGGAGACACUUUGAAGAUGCACUAUACUGGCAAGCUAGAAGAUGGUUCAGAGUUCGACAGCAGUUUGUCACGAAACGAGCCAUUUACUUUUACACUAGGGGCAGGUCAGGUCAUAAAAGGCUGGGAUCAGGGACUACUAGGAAUGUGUGAAGGUGAGAAGAGGAAGCUGGUGAUCCCGAGUGAUAUGGGUUACGGUGAUAGAGGUGCACCUCCAAAGAUUCCAGGAGGCGCCACGCUUGUCUUUGAGGUGGAUCUGAUCAAGAUUGACAGGAAGGAAGAAUUGUAAUCAAGUUGGCAAUGACGGUUCCUGCAUUUAAUAUGUCUCAAAUGGAUCAUUUUUAUUACUUGACCAAAAAUAGAUUUAUUCCACAGAUAAAUGUCCAAUAUUUCAUUAUGUUUACACGUGGGUUUAUCAUGUUUAUGGAUGACAAUUCUUGAAUGAACUCUCGGAAUUAAGAUGCGGCACUGUUAAAUACACCAUGACUAUGCAAUGGGUGACAGUGGGCAGAACUACUUCAAGGGUUACAUAUGAUGUAGCGGUCCUGCAUAUUGGCGUAAUUUUCAUCUAAGAGUCAUAUUUGAUGCAACGUGUGACUAGCAUUUUAUUACUCAAGGGCAAGGCUUAAACAUUUUGCUUAAGGUGUAUUUUAAUAUGACUAUUUUGUAGACUCAAAAAAAAAUGUGACCUUUGUGACCUAUUUUUUAUAGACAUGGUGAAACCCUUUUGUUUGUAUGUGUCAUAAAAGACAGAACUUUGUACUUUUGGAAAGAUGAUUAACUGUUGUCCUAAAACCCAUGACUUUUACAGAAUACUGGUUCAUAAUAAUCAUGUUUGAUGUAUACCCCCAGAUCUUCACAUGAAAUUGAUGUAUGAAUGAUUAAGUCCUAAUUGUGCCAACUCUUAUCCAACCUAAGUAUGUUGCAUGUACAAAGAAUGUCUGUUUUCACCAUUCAAUACAUACAUGGAUGUCACUGUGUUCAGUUAACAUGGAAGCAGAGCUACAGUAUUGUUUGUGAAAUAUUUCUACACAAAUGCAUACAUGUUUAAAUACUUGAAUGGUAACUUGAAAGGACUAUAUACACGUUCUACCUGGAACCAGAAUUUUCUACUUUCAUUUUAUGAUCAAGUGUUCAUGAAUGUUUGUGUUCUGUUGUAUGAAAAAGUAAGUAAAAAAUGUGUGUAAAA